UUAACAUACCUGAACAGGAAGAUUAGAGUGCUUGAAAUUUAGGAGCUCUUGUGAAGGUGAAGAAAUGAAUUUAACCUGCUAAAUCGCAUUUUUGAAGGUGAAGACACAAGAAUAUCUUGUCUGGUAACUCUUUGCUUUUUGUGAUUGUGUUUCUUGAGUUCUUUUCUUGAAAGCCUGGACGAAGGAAAGGGAAUAUUUGUUAGAUUUUCACCUUCUCAUGUACGUUGCUUCUCUUUGGGGCAUAUUUUGGUGUAGAAAACUAGAGAGAGGAAGACUUAAACUCUUUUCAAGUUUUUACCAUUUGUUCAAAAUGUCCAGUAUCAGUAGUAAAUAAGCCCGGGAAGCCUGAUGUGUAUUUCGUAAAUGCCAUACCUUAAAGGAUGGUGAUUCGAUAGCACAUCUCUCUUGAUUGUUAGUUUCUGGGUUGAGCAUCAGUAAUCUGGUCUACUUGACUGCAAAUGAAUCACGCGGAUGGAGUCGUAUAUGUGGCUAUAAGCUGAGAUUCAGGCAAAGUAUAUACUUGGAAUGCCUCGAGGAUCCAGGCAAUAGCUAUCCUUCCCCAGCACAUAGAACAUCAUACAGUCCUUCCCUACAUUAUCAGAACGAGAUAGAAACUAGAGAUGCUAGACCCAUCAGACAAGGAAAGUCUGUCUAAAGAAUCCCAAUUUUCUCCCAAGGCUUGCUUUUUAGAGAGGCAAACAGGUAAAAGUGGGGAUUGUGAAUUUGAAGAAAGCAAUGAUAAAGUCCCAAAAGCUUUCCAAGGUAUCAAAUGGGAACUUAUUAAUACCGUAUGAUCUUCCAAUAAGAAUUAAGCAACAACUCAACCACCCACAUCCCCUUUCUUUGUUAAACUUUAGUUAUCUUUUCCCUCGUAAUCUAUGGCAGACCAGAGGCCAUUUGGUCGCUUUCGACUGCCUUGGCUAUCAGCACCCACUACUCGUCCUGCUGCUGAACCCCAACCCCCUCCCCCUCGUCCUUCAGUUGAAAUAAUUCAAGCCCCUGCCCAGCCGACAACCACCAUCCCUGCUCAGCGUCCUCCGUUUCGACCUGCAGGGAUAGCCCCAGUAUUGUCUCUUCCACCCCAGCCUCAGGCACCAAAAAGAACUGAACCUCAACCACCAUCGCCACCUCGUGCAACCAUUGAAUCCCGAUUGCCAGCUUCACCAUCUCGUGCAAGAACUCAAACACGAGCUGCCUCUGUGCCUCCAUCACCAUCUCGGGUUACCUCACAGCCAGUAUCGCCAUCUCGUGCAACAACUGAAGCUCCUGCUGCCUCUCAAACUCGGUCGCCACCUCUUGCAGCUCCACAGCCAAGAGCAGCAUCUGUGCCACCAUCUCCAACUCGAACCUCGUCUCAGCCCCAACCAACUGUACAAACAGUCCCACAACGACCUCUUUUUGCCCCACGACUUCCAGGCCAAGCAUCUUCACAACCCUCCUCUCCAACUAGGAGGGCCACUCAAGUGCAACCAACAGUUUCUCAGCCCCCCUCGCCACCAAAGAAAUUACAACCCACUGUACAGGAAACCUUGCAGCCUCGAGCCAUCUCUAUUCAACCACCACCAUCAGCCUCUCAACAAGAAGAACCAAAGCCUGCAGUGUCGUUGCCUUUGUCACAAGCAGCGAAGGAAACUGAAGAAGGCAAAGUAGAGCUGGAAAAGCCUAAAAGAGAGGAAAAGACAAAUGGUCCAGCUAAAGAAGAAUCGUUGAAGAGCGCAAUUUCCGAACUCCUUACUGCAUCUGGGGCAGGAGCACGACCCGAAGAGCUAUUGAGUGCGGCAUUUCAUUCCCAACAGAAGCCGCAGGAGAAGGAAGAUAAGAAGACAAACAUUAGCCCCAGUCGUGAAAUCAAAACUGUGAGCUCAACUCAACCUAAGGACAGGAAUAAAUUAUCUGAAUCUCAUCAAAAGACUGGCAUGGCCAAUGGGGAACAAGUUUCAUUUCACAAAGGAGUUAGGGACGAUAUUUUCAAGUUCGUUCAUAAGCUGGGCGUAGGACAACUAAAGUAUCCAAUGGAUGAAAAGCCAGCUAGCAUUGUGACAAUAGCUGGAGAAAACAGAGGAGCAUCUAUGCAUGUGGGUUCAGAACCAGCAAGAAAGGAUGGGUCCUUACAUAUUCACCGGGGUUAUAAAAUCAACCCAGAUGAUAGCACUGGAACAACCACCGAUGGAGAAGGAAGCACAAAAGGAAGGCCAAAAACUCCAACCAGAGAACAUCCAGUUAAAAAGGCAUAUGUCAACAGUAAUACACAGGCUAUCAAUAACUCGAUGUUAUUUGAAAGUUCAGUGAAUGAGAGAAACCCUGGUAUUCAGCUGGUUCUCUCCCAUAACCUAGCAGAAUCCAUCAAUCCAAGUGCUAAACCAGAGCCUAUGGAGACACAUAAGGCUGAAUUCAAUGUCACCCCUGCUCAGAAGCUUACUUAUGAGCCCACAAUACGACGAAGAUGCUUAAGAGGGCUUUUCUUGGAACCCAGUGACUCAGAUCCUGAUAAUCCUGAAAAGCCUCGAAGACAUGGUUGCCGCUAUAGCUGUGCAGAGAAGGGCAAAGAUAAAGACAUAGGAGUUCUUUGAGCUAGCAAAUCACAAUUUCACAGCAUAUACCCACCUGCAGAAACGCAGUUAUUGUGUUCAUGCUUGCUUUCAAGGUUUAGUGCACAGAUUACUAAGAUACAUCUGCGACAACAGUAAAAUUCUGUCAUGAAGUAGAUCUCAGGUCUGGAACUACAUUUUAUUAAAAUAAAUAUAAGUUGCAAACUCAUGUAGAUGUGACGUGCAUGCACUAGCAGAGAUGAUGACAGAAGGCAACGCUUUAAGUGCUUCCUUUAAAGAAAAUAUAUACAACAAAAUUUCAGGGAAGACUAAUGGGAAUUUGGCCCGAGAUGGUCGUGAAUUUGUAGUCAUUCACAAGCUGGUUUAGUGUCAAAGCUACUCAAGCAGAUAGCAAAGGCUUGGAAUGCAGACAGUGGGUAGCGAUAGUCCAUGGUGAAGAUGUCUUUCCCAAUCUUUCCAAAUUGUAGAAUAACUUUUUCCUGUUCUUCCGCUGGCACAUUUUGGCCAAGCUCCACAGCUGCCACCAGCUGGAAAUUCUUAACAGAGGCCACAGUGACGCGUCCUUUGAAAUUUAGACACCAGCACUGCAGCUGCUCAUGCCAUCUUGGUGCUUUAUUUUUCAAAACCAAGGGAUCUUUUCUGCUGCAAAUUUGUUCAUUUGACUGAGCAAGGCUAGUUGAGCUGAAUUCAAUAAGUGAAUCCUUUGA